AUGUGGUCCGUUACGGGGAAAGGAGGCAGCCGCGGGCAGGCCGCGCCGCCCCCGGGGCGCUCGGGGGGAGCUGUGCCCCCUGCGGGAAUCCAGUUUAAAAUUCUGAGAGGACACAGCGAGACUGUGAGCUCCUGCCACUUUUGCUUUGAGGACACAAAAAUACUUUCAUGCUCUUAUGACAGAACAGUGAAGCUCUGGGAUGUUGCCAAAGGUUUUCCUAUUCAAGUUUUUGAAGAAGAACAUACAGCCCCAAUUUCUGAGUGCAACUUGAGUCCUGAUGACAAAAGAGUGAUAACAUCAUCACAUGAUGAGACUGUCAAGGCUUGGGAUAUGGAAACAGGAAAAAUGCUUUGGACAAUAGAACAUGAAGGCAUUGUAACUUCGUGUAAUAUUUCUUGGGAUGGCAAAUACGUGGUUUCUGCUUCAGACAGAGAAAAUGCCAUACAUGUUAUUGAUGCAGCAAGUGCAGCAGUGGUGGCACAUGUCCGAGGUCAUCACAAAAGUACAAUCACAAGAUGCUGCUUUGAUCCCGAUAACAAAAGAGUGACUUCGGUAUCAUACGAUAAGACGAUAAAGCUAUGGGAUAUGAUAACACAAUCCGCCUCAAUUACAAUUAAAGAGGGACAUACCAAUGCUAUCUCAGAUUGCUGCUUUACCACAGAUGGUCAUUACUUGUGCACAGCAUCCUGGGACAAAACCUUAAAAAUAUGGGAUAUAAAGACAGGGGAGUUUCGGUGUCGUGGACCUAUUUCCUUGAACCAAGGACAUGAGGGAUCUGUUAGUUCCUGCCUUUUCAGCCAAGACGCAACACUUGUUGUGUCUGGCGCAUAUGACAAAACCAUAGCUAUAUGGGAUACAGGUGCAGGCUGUAAAAAGCUAAGCUUAAAGGGUCACUGGGACUGGGUGACAGAUGUUGCAAUUAGCAAAAACAAGAAAUGGAUUCUUUCUGCCUCAAAGGAUUCUACUCUGAGACUGUGGAAUGUCGACAAGGUGGAUCAUAUUCCUUCCGUGAUGGAGAAGAGCAAAGCAAGAGGCUCCAAAAUAGUUCAGUGUGAAGAAUGUGAAAAGCCUUUCUUAUGCCUGCAUUGCAGUGACUCCGAAAUGAAAACCAAGUGUGUAUUCUGUCGUCUCUCUUCUCCCGUGAGAAAUAUUUGGCCAUUGCCACCUUCUGUUUCUCCUGAUAUUUAAACUCAUCCAGCAGUCCUGAGAUGUUAACACAUUUAAAUAUAUAAAUGGAGUGCUUACAUCUUAUAUACUGCAUGUGUAAAACUAAGGGUUUCCUCUGAACUUGCUCUACUUUGGUGCUCUGUAUAAAGAAAAAUCAAAUAUGUUGUGCUAAUCCAUUGAAUAGUUGUGACAUAUCCUCACAAUACAACAGGUGAAGAAUAAAAUCCCUAGGAGCUGAAAUCUAUUUACACUGUGUGAUACUAGAAAAUAACAUUACUUCCCUGGCCUUUGGUAAAUUAAAAAAAAAAAACAAAUUUAAAUUAGUAUAUUAGUUACAAGUUCAAUUUAUUUUCAUAAACCACUCUUUUUUUUACUAUGGAACACAAAGAACCUGUGCUCUCAGUGGCCGUCAGAAAGAGUUUUGUGAGUAAAACCAUGCAUAAGACCAUGAACUUCUUACCAACUUGUUGCCAUACUCCUUACAACAAUUUUGUGAAGGAGCUUUCAGUCAGGAGAGUAAGUUGUAAUGGUGCAGGACAAAGUACUGCUGUGUAAGAAAGGCUCGCCCCAGCAAGGAGCAUGGCAUUUUUACCACCCUUUUUUAGCAGCACCCCAAGAGGAUUAUAUCUAUUACUAUAUGUGAGAAUGUCAGUUAAUAAAAGAUUAAAUGUUUCAAAAUGCUUGAAAGCCUUAUUCCUAAAAAAAAAAAAAAAAAAAAAAAGUUUGCAAUCUUUUCAAUGUUUCUUUUCUAAAAGGAACUUAAGAGUGGGGAAAAUGCUUGGAACUUGGCACGUGCCAGCCUGGAAUGCAGUUAAGCUGUGGAAUAGAAAGAAAUCUAUUAUACAUAGGUAGAUUCUUUUAAAUUUUUUAAUUAUGUAAGUCGUGUAGCAACAAUUACACUUGAAUCCAAGGUUAAAUGAGAAGCAUUUCUAAGGAAUGGUAUGUUUUACACAGAUUUACAGCCUUGAAUAAACAUUAGGUGAUAAGUGGCGUUAUUUUCCAGCAUUUUCUCCCUCCUCUUUUCUUAACUAAAUAUCAUUGUUUUCUUAUAGAAGCUUAAAGAAAAUGCUAUGUGCUCCUGAUGUUAUUUUUUAAUGGAAUAUAUAGAAUAUACAUGUUUUAUUGCUGGAAAAAUUUGUUUUGAAUGUAGCUGGUAAUACUGAACUGACUUCUGUAUGUU